CUCUAUAUAUUUGCAUUUCAACACUUUAUUGACUUUGCCCAUCUCCUGAUAAAUCUUCUCACACAGUUUAUACAGAACCUGGAAAAAUUUUCCAAGAAUUUUUCUUAGUUUCAUCUUAUUUCCAAUGCUUUCUCUUGCUAGGGAUUUAUUGCCUACCAAAUCCCACUUCCCCACUGUUUCCAUAUACCUCCUUUUGAUCUCUUCUUUUGUUUGUUUCGUCUAUCUUUUUGUAUCAGUCAUCCUGGUAGAUACUUCCAAGUUCUCUGAUGUCAAUUUAUCUUCAGGAACUGUUCAUGCCCCAACAAAUCUUGGACACAUUGUGUUUGGAAUUGCUUCCAACAAGAACUCAUGGCCCAAGCGAAAGGACUAUGUUAAAUUGUGGUGGAAACCAGAGAAAAUGCGUGGAUGUGUUUUCUUGGAGAGCUUGCCGGAGGAUGUGAAGUCCUAUGACAAUAACAGCAUUUCUCUUCCUCCUCUAUGCAUCUCUGAGGACACUUCCCGAUUUCGUUACACUUAUCGGAAUGGUCUCCGGUCAGCUAUCCGUGUUGCACGAGUAGUUUCUGAAACAGUGGGACUCAAUCAUUCCAACGUCCGGUGGUUUGUUUUUGGGGAUGAUGACACAGUUUUCUUCCCGGAGAAUCUGGUGAAAACUCUUUCCAAGUACGAUCAUGGCCUCUGGUACUACAUAGGAUCAAAUUCCGAGAUUUAUGAGCAGAACAGAGCAUUUGGGUUUGAAAUGGCCUUCGGUGGUGGAGGAUUUGCAAUAAGUUAUCCACUUGCAAAAGUUCUGGCAAAGGUGUUUGAUUCAUGUAUUGAACGAUAUCCACAUCUCUAUGGAAGUGAUUCCAGGGUCUCUUCUUGCCUGGCAGAGCUAGGAGUGGGAUUAACUCGUGAACCUGGUUUCCAUCAGGUUGAUGUUCGUGGUGAUUUAUUUGGUCUAUUGACAUCACAUCCACUGUCACCAAUAGUAUCUCUCCAUCACUUGGGUCACCUAGAUCCAAUCUUCCCUAACAUGACAAUUACAGAUUCAAUACAACAUUUCUUUAAAGCUGUGGCUGUUGAUUCGCAGAGGGUCUUGCAGAAAACUGUUUGCUACGAUCGUUGGUUUUUCUGGACUAUUUCAGUGUCAUGGGGCUAUGCUGUUGAGGUCUAUGGCAAACACAUGUUGUUGCCUGAUACUCUCCCUGUGCAGGCCACAUUCAAGCAAUGGCAAAAGGGAACCCUUCUGGCUGGUGCUUAUACUUUCAAUGUAAGACAACCUCACCAUGAUCCUUGUCAGAGACCCACAAUUUUCUUUCUGGAUCAUUUAUCUUCCAGUAGUGAUGGGGUCAUCAUCAGUCAUUACAAGAAGAGUUAUGCCAAUUGCUCAUACGACAUGUCGUCACCAAGAAAAUUAGAAGAGAUUAAAGUGUUCUCGCAUAAGCUUGAGCUUAGUGAUAAGCAGUUGCAGGCUCCAAGGCGGCAAUGUUGUGAUGUUUUACCUUCUUCAGCUGGUAAAGUAAUGGAGAUUGCAAUUAGAGAAUGCCAGGAAGAAGAAUUAAUUCACAUGCAUGCUUAGUUGUAAUAACUAACAGCUGUAAAUUGUGCAAAUUUUCAACGAAAAUCAAGAAUCUUAGCCUUGUAUGGGUAUUGAGCAGACUUUAGAAAUCUUAGAAUGCAAGUAAACUAAAAAUCAGAUUCGCAGAGAUCCCAGGAAGGAUAACAUGGUUCUGCUUAGAACUUGCAAUUUUCAUCACAUGAGCUUACUUGAAAAAGCUUCAACCACGCCUUUGUUGUAUUACAGCAUAAGAAGAAAACUGGUGAGCUGUCUCAAUUAUCCACUUUUGAUUGCAUUGUAGUUGACCUUCUGUAAACCAUAGACCAGGACCAAGAUUAUAUAUAUAGACAUGGCGACUUAAUCUUGUAAGGAUAUAUAAUAAUUGUGGUUACAACUUCAAUUUAUCAUAAUUUAUGUUUUUGAAUAA